GGUAAGUGCGCUCCAAAUAGGGAAGUUGAUAAAGUUUGAGUCAUAAAUUGAGAAAUGAAUUACGAACAUUGUAUUGUUUACUUUUAACUUUGGACUUGCUUGAGUGCUUUAACUUCAUCAUUAUCUGGAAUUACAACCGGAAAUCAAAUCAAGUUUUGUCAAGUAUUAAUGAAAUGAUGGGAAGCUGAAAAUUGGAGGAAAAGCCUACCGUGGAUUAUGUAGUAAAAAGUUUAUACACAUCCGUUUUGACCCAGCCUAAAAUAUUUCCGGAUUAGUGUGAUUUUAUUUCUAUAUUCGUAACCAUCAAGGAAAAUGGCUAUGGAUGGUUCUUGGGAAUUAAAUAUAACAGUGACUGACUUAGCUGUAGAGAGGACCCUAAGGGUGACAGGUGACCUUCACAUGGGUGGUGUUAUGGUGAAGUUGGUGGAAGCUUUAGAUAUUGCUAUGGAUUGGUCAGAUCAUGCCCUCUGGUGGCCAGAUAAAAAUAUGUGGUUAUCAAGACCUCGUACCACAUUAGAUCAAUACGGAGUAGGAGCAGAUGCACGCCUUUUAUUUACUCCUAUGCAUAAAGUAAUGAAAGUACAGAUCCCAGAUUUACAAAUCCUCGAGCUGAGAAUGGACUUUUCAUGUAAAGUUUUCUCCGCUGUGGUUCAGCUUUGUAAAGAAUUAGGUAUAAGACAUUCAGAAGAAAUGUCUGUAAUGAAAUAUAUGGAUAAGGAUGAUUUAAAAAAGAAUAUAAAGGAGACUUUAAACCAAAAGAAAAAGAAACAUGGAUCGACAGAAAACCUUGGUGUAAAUGGUAAUGGAGUGCAGUAUCAUUCUCCCUCAGGGAGCAUAGAGAGACUGAGUCCAUACAGUAGAAGUCCGGCCGGACCCUCACCAACAAACACUAUAGGAAAAACACCAGGAUAUAAUGCUAAUUAUUCAGCAAACUCAGUUUCACCUUACAAUACAUUAAAUGCUAAUGGGACAUUGUCCCCUGGAUCUAUGUACAGUUUAUCUUUUGAAAGUGUCAUGGAAAAUGCCCUGGCAAAUAGUCCACAGAUAAGUGUCAAGGAUGCCGCACAGUUCUUACAAAAACCAAAAAAUCUGAUUGAAAAAGCAAGACAAAACUAUGCAUGGUUAGACUCGUCCAAAUCGCUGAUGGAACAGGGUGUGAGAGAAAACGAUUUUGUUGUCGUCAAGUUUAAAUACUUCUCAUUCUAUGACCUGAAUCCAAAGUAUGAUGCUGUCAGAAUUAACCAGAUAUAUGAACAAGCCAAGUGGUCACUGCUGUCAGAAGACGUAGAUUGCACAGAUGAAGAAAUGAUGAUGUUUGCAGCUUUUCAGCUUCAGGUCCAGAUGCAGGCUGGGCAGCCACAGCCUAGUGAGUCCAUGAUGGAUUCUUCUACGAUGUCCAACCAUCUACCAAAUGAUGACAUUGAUGCUGAUUUAACAAAUUUAGAGGAAUCAUUAGACAGUACAGUGUUAUCAUCAGCUGGAGAUAUUACCUCCAUUCCAGAACUCAGUGGAUGUGUCAGAUAUUUUAAACCAAAGAAAUUAACUUUGAAGAGUUAUAAAAAAGCGUUUUGUAGAUGUAAGGAUACUCACAUAGCCUUCUAUAAAACAGAGGAAGAUUCUAAUGGUACACCUGCCAUGAAAGUCAAUAUAAAAGGAUGUGAAGCUCAUCCAGAUCUAAACCUGGCAUCUCAGAAGUAUGGAAUUAAAUUAUUUGUACCUGGUUCAGAUGGCAUGUCAGAAAUAUGGCUAAGGUUUGACAGUGAGGAGCAAUACUGCAAGUGGAUGGCAGCUUGUAAACUAGCAUCUCAGGGGAAGACAAUGGCUGACAGUUCAUAUGUAACAGAAGUAGAAUCUAUAAAGACUUUACUAAGUCGACAACAGCCAUCGCAGACACCAGCUCCAGUACAGCUACAGUUUGAUGUCAAUGUAAACGCUGAAGACUUUGUCGCUCCUAGAUACCAUAAAAGGAUAAAAAAUAAAACUUUAGUACAAAGAAUAAUGGAAGCUCAUUCAAAUGUACAGAAUUUAAAUUUAAUCGAAUCCAAGAUGGCGUACAUAAAAGCAUGGCAAGCUUUACCAGACUUUGGUAUUACUUAUUUUGUUAUUAAACAAAAGAACAGUAAAAAAGAAGAAAUACUUGGUGUAGCAUACAACAGAAUUAUGAGAGUAGACAUGAGUUCUGGUGAUGUGGUAAAAACAUGGAGAUACAAUACUUUAAAAUCAUGGCGGGUUAACUGGGAAAUUCGACACGUAGUUCUUGAGUUUGAAGAAGAAACAUUAAACUUUUCAACGCAGAGUGCUAGCUGUAAAACAGUUCAUGAAUUUAUUGGUGGUUAUAUAUUCCUUUCUAUGAGAUCCUCAGACAAAAAUCAGACAUUAAAUGAAGAAUUAUUCUUAAAAUUAACAGGAGGAUGGAAUUGAAAGUUAAGUUUUUAAUGUAUGACCUUAGUGCCUCAGUUGAAGGUCGUUCAGCCAUAUUGGAAAAAUGCAGGGCAUUCAGGAAAAGGAAAGACUUAAGAAGUUAGGUCUAGAAGUUUUAAAAUUUGACAAUAACAUUAUUUUAAAUGACUAUAUAAGAUAUAAAUCAUUAUUCACUAUUUAUCAUACAAAAAAUCACAUCAAAUGUGUAAAAGAUUUCUGAUAUUGCAUGCAGCCGUAGAGAUGAGUUUAUAGAAGGUACUGUUGUGAUGUUUGUUAGCUGAAAUUGGAAUGAAAAUAUUUUUCAGAUUGUCAGGAAAUUUAUAGACAUGUGUAUCAUUGUUCUAAUUAUACUUCCUGUGUUGUGGUCUGAUAUUCACAGAUAGGAGCAGCUAUUUAUAUUUUAUCAUAGGUCAAGGAUGGAUUUUUGUUUAAUCCAGGCAUUGCAAUUGCCAAAAAAUGUCAUAAAAAACUACAAUAUCAAAUGAAUAAAAACUGGAAUAUAAAAAUGAAUGACGAAAAUACGAAUCAAGAAUCUGUACUCCAUAGAACAAUUUUUUGAGACAUUUGUGUGAACAAUGUUUACUUUAUUAAUCUUGCUCCUUAUGCUCCCAUGUAGUAGUCAAAUCUUUGCAGGAUCUCAUCUCAGACAAAAAAAAACCCAGCCAAUUUCUUCUCUGCAGUGUCUGUACAUACAUUCUUUAGGAUAUUCUUCAAAGAGUAAAAAAAAAAAUUCUGUUUAUUUAUAUGCUGCUGGAGCCUUUGCCCAACCAGGAAGUAAUACAUUUAACAUUGAUACAGGACCUAUAGAUGACCUUGAUGACUACAGAUUUAAAUGUUGUACUGUGAUAGAAGUUGAAUUGUAAAACAUGUUCCUUAUACCAUGCCAUAGAUAAAUACCAUAAAUAUUUUAUAUAAUUUUUGUUUUUGUGUUUGACUUGUGUUUGGCCUUUUUUCUCUCAGCUUUGGUUUUUAAAUUUCACUGUACAGCAUUACUAGUUCCUACAAUUUUUAUCCAGAAAAAGUACAUAUGAAUUAAUGUUUUCUGUGAAAUUGUUUACAGUAUGAAUAAAAUAAUAUGUAGGGAGACUACAAAUUUAUUACAAAUUAUCUCCAUUUAUAGAAUAUUAAGGGGAGACAACUUUCAUUCGAUUUAAUCUGUGAUCCUUAAAGGUCAGAAUGACUAAGAUAGUUAUUUACUAGUCAUGGCAAAAAAUUGUAGCAAUUCUGCCCCGAAUUCUAUUAAAUUACUUUGUGUUAUAAAGCAAACAACUGUUUUUUUUUUUACUAAGAAGACAUGAUUCUCAUAGAACCAUGCUAUCUUAAUUGUUCCAGAAUUUUAUUAUAACAGUUUGCCAGAAUAACUUCAAAAUAUUUGUUUUUGAUCAAAUUAGGGAGCUACUACCAUUUGAUUUUUAUGGGGGGGUUAGGAUGAAAAAUUUUGUCCUGCAUUUUUUAUUUUUAGUUGUAAUCUCUGUCCUGCCUUUUUAUUUUUCACUCUAUUCGGUCCUGCCUUUUUAUAUAAAUUGUCAUCCUGCCUUUUUUUUUUUUGCCAAGUUGCUCAUCCUGCCUUUUUUUUUAACUCAAAACUCCUGUCCUGCCUUUUUUUUCAAAUUUCAUCCUAGCCCCCCCCC